GUUGAUUGAUGAAUAAAAGAAGUAGACCCUUUUCUCUCCUUUCUGGUUCUCCCUCCUUCUCUGGUUCUUCUUCCUCCCCGGCUCUGUUUUCUCCUUCUUUCUUGAUUCUUGCUUUUUUGGUUUUGGUGCUAUCAAUUGGUAUUAGAGUAGUGAUUUCUUGGACCUGUGGUGAUGGCUACUCAAGAGUUGAGGCGAGAGUUUGUUGAAUUCCAGAAGAAACAUGACACGGACAUAGCAAAUAUCAACAAUACUUUGAAGGCCCAAGUUGAGAAUACGAAUGCUCUGAGGGAGGAACUUGCGAAGUUGGUGCAGAUCAUCAACACCGGGAAGCUUUCCUCUCCGGUGGUGGAUUUUCCUAGCUAUGAUGGUAUUGAGAAUUUUAGGGGAUGGUUGUAUAAGUGCAAUAGAUUCUUUAAGGCUCAUAAUGUUCCUGAUGAGAAUAAGGUAAAAAUAGCUUCAAUGUACUUGUCUGAUGAUGCUAUUAUCUGGCAUGAAUGCUAUAUGCAAGACAACAUGACAUUUCCGAAUUGGCGAGAUUAUAUUUUUGACAUGAGUCUUAGAUUUGGGGAGGGUGAGAUGCAGGACCCAAUUAUUUUGUGGAAGAAUCUUAAUCAAACUGGUAGUGUGAAUGAUUACCAGAAAGAUUUUGAAAGGAUCAGGUCCAAGGUUAAAUGCAGUGAGAAACAAGCAGUGGCCAUGUUUGUUGGAGGGUUGAAGGAAGAGUUGCAACACUCUGUGGCAUGUUACAAUCCCAAAUCAGUGGUGGAAGCUUAUUCUAUUGCUAAGCGACAAGAGAAAUUACCCCAAUACACAAACCCAAACUCAUACCAUAAUUCCCCAAGACCUCCAUCAUUUGCCCCUCAAAACAGUUCCUUGAUCUCCUCAAUGGCCAAAACCCAAAAUAAGACCAAAAAUACCCGCACCCUUACUGAAGCUGAGAUGGAAGAUAAGAAAAGGAAGGGAUUGUGCUUUUGGUGUGAUGAGAACUAUACACUUGGACAUAGAUGUGCCAAGAAGGGGUUGUACAAUCUGGAAAUUCAGGCCACAGAUGAAGAAAUUGAUGCAUACAAUACAUUAAAGGUGAUAGGCUUUGUCAAAAAGAGGCCAAUUUUGAUUCUAAUUAACUCAGGGAGUACUCAUAACUUCCUUGAUGUUAGACGAGCCAAGAAGCUUGGUUCUAUAACUGACGAGUGGCUAGAACCAUUGGGAAAGGUUCUUUGGGAUUUCAACAAGAGGACUUUGCAAUUUAUGUAUCAAGGGCAGAUGAAGUUGUUGGAGGGGUAUAGUGAUGUAUUUUCAGAACUUGAUGCCUUACCACCAGCCAGAACCCUUGAUCAUCAAAUUACUCUGAAGGCAAGAACAGAACCUAUAAGUAUAAGGCCUUAUAGGUACCCUACAGUGCAAAAAGAUGUGAUGGAGAAGUUGGUAAAAAAGAUGUUAGAGUCUGGUUUUAUCAAGAGUAGCACCAGUCCAUUUUCUUCCCCGGUUGUGUUGGUCAAGAAAAAAGACGGGACUUGGAGAAUGUGUGUUGAUUACAGGGAGCUAAAUAAGACUACUGUGAAGGAUAAGCUUCCAAUGCCUGUUAUUGAGGAACUGUUAGAUGAAUUACAUGGGGCUCAAUUCUUUUCCAAGAUAGAUUUAAGGUCUGGUUAUCACCAGAUCAGAAUGAAGGAGUCAAAUAUUCAUAAGACUGCUUUCAAGACUCACCAAGGUCAUUAUGAGUUUUUGGUGAUGCCCUUUGGUCUUACAAAUGCUUCAUCCACCUUCCAAUCUGUAAUGAAUGAUGCUUUUCGACAAUUCUUAAGGAAGUUUGUGCUCAUCUUUUUUGACGAUAUUUUGGUUUACACAAAGAUUAGUGUAAUGCAAGCUUGGCUAGUUCCUAAAUCUAUCAAGGAAUUAAGGGGGUUCUUAGGCCUAACAGGGAAGAAUAACUUUGUUUGGAAUAUGGAAGCUCAGCAAGCCUUUGAAGCUUUAAAACAAGCCAUGUCUUCUGCAACUGUCUUAGCUUUACCUGACUUCCAAGAAGAAUUUGUCAUUGAAACAGAUGCUUCGGGAACUAGUGUGGUCACUAAGUGGAGGUCGUACCCAGUUGGGAGACACUUUGUUAUCAAAACUGAUCUUCACAGUUGGAAAUACUUGUUGGAGCAAAGAAUUGCUACCCCUGCACAACAAAAAUGGCUUUCCAAAUUGCUAGGAUUACUACAACCCUUGCCAAUGCCUCUCAAAGUUUGGGAUGGGGUGUCUAUGGAUUUUAUUGAAGCUCUGCAGUCUUCUCCUUAUGAAGUUCUUUAUGGUCAGAAGCCUCUUUUGCAUGUGCCCUAUAUUUCUAGUGCUUCUCAACUUGAAGCAGUUGACAAGUCCCUACAAGCACGAGAGCAAGCAUUGAAAAUCAUUAGGCAUCACCUCUUGCAAGCCCAGAAUCGAAUGAAACAGUUAGCCGAUAAGCACAGAGUGGACAAAGAGUUCUUAGUGCUUAAGAGAAUUGGAUCUAUGGCUUACAAGUUGAAAUUGCCUGCUACGGCUAGAGUUCAUGAUGUCUUUCAUGUAUCUCUACUAAACAAGAAAAUUAGGGACAACGUGAGUGUUUCCUCCUUUCUGGAAUCAUUACUUGGUACUACUCAAGUGUUCUACCCAGAUGCAAUUUUGGAUAGGAAAAUCCAGAAUAAGCAAGGGAAAGCAAUCACUAUGUGGUUGAUUAAGUGGAAGAAUCAUUCAAAUGAAGAAGCCACUUGGGAAGUUUGCACUGAUUUCAUGGCCAGAUUUCCUGACUUUACUCCCAAUCCUUGAGGUCAAGGAUUCUAAGGGAGGGUGCAGUUGAUACAGGCUUAAAUGAUAGGCCAGUACUACUAAGCUAGAGCUGAAGUGGAUUUGCAGUUGGAAGGUUAUGCUGACUGUGCAAGUGGUUAGUGAGAAACUUGCAGAUUAGUUAGAAUAGCUUAGAGUUAGUUAGCAGCAGUGUUGGUUAACUCAAGUAUAUCUUGUAAUUAGCCCCAAAUAUAUAAGGGGACCGCUCUGUAAUUCUUUUGUUGAUUGAUGAAUAAAAGAAGUAGACCCUU